AUGAACCAGCAGCAGCAGCAGCUCGGCGAUGGAAGGCGACACGACGAUGACGCAGUGCUCGCGGAAUUCCUCUCUUCCUUAAUGGAUUAUACUCCCACGAUUCCCGACGAAUUGGUGGAGCAUUUCCUUGGAAAGAGCGGAUUUCACUCUCCCGACGUUCGAUUAAUCAGAUUGGUUGCCGUUGCAACUCAGAAGUUUGUUGCUGAUGUUGCCAGUGAUGCUCUGCAGCAUUGCAAGGCACGCUCAGCAGCAGUAGUUAAGGACAAAAAGGAUAAGCAGGCAAAGGACAAGAGGCUCGUCUUGACAAUGGAGGAUCUUUCAAGGGCUCUGCGUGAGUAUGGUGUUAAUGUUAAGCAUCAAGAAUAUUUUGCUGAUAGCCCUUCAACUGGAAUGGACCCUGCUUCAAGAGAGGAGUGA